AAAGAGGUCGCCCCAAAAGGUCGAAGGUCAAGCAUCACAGCUGGUCAAAUGUGAAGAGAAUUAGACGUCUUGGACUACGCAUGCGCGAAUGAUGAACGACUUCCAGCCGCGCGCCGUCAAUAUGCUCAUACGAGCGCCUCAAUACAAACUGCGGUCAGAGACGGAGCUUUAGCGCCCUCAGCUGGUGAUUGGGCACGACACAAGUUGAUUUUCGUCCUGCGCUCUAUGAAUGCCGUGCACGGACGUUGGAAGGAAGUCGUCGUUUGCUCAUUUCGAGUGAUUUCCCUUUCUUUCAAUGUCUAAACCUGUGCUAAAAAUGUAGCAUAUUGAAAAAAAUGAUUGACCAGAUGAUAAGAAAUGGAGUUGCGCUUUAUCUGAAGAUGUCAAAAGAUGCCAUCAAAGCACUCCUUUUCUCCGAGAAGGGUGCAAAAGAGGCUUACAAGUCCGAAGUUGAGCAAUUUCAUAAUACUUUGUGAAUAAAUACAACCAAAUAAAAUGCCAUUUCUGGAGAAAUUUGCUCUCCUGUUUGGUCACAGUUUUGGGAUGUUCACUUUCUGUUCAUUUUGGGCUCAAUUCCUAUUGAUUUUGGGUGCAUUUCUGUUGAUUUGGGUUGCACUUCCUGUUCAUUUUGGGUCACAUCCUGUUGAUUUGGGGCAUUUCUGGGUCACUCUCCUUUUGCGAGCGGACGGCGUCCCGAAGGCUCGUCAACGCUCCUCCCGAUGUGGCAGCUGGAGAGCGAGAUGGAAGCGUGCCUGUCCGGCGGCGAAUCGUCUCGAUUGGCUCGCUUGCUUCUCGACGAAGGCUUGACCGAAGUCGCGCUUUCUCGACUGAACCUGCUGGUCCGCAAGCGCCUUAGCUCGACGGACUCCGGCCGAGUAGACGUGGUGUUGAAGUCCUUGGAUAUUCUGCUGGACGACAAACACGUGGCUCAGAACCUGUUGGCCUUGGCGAUCACGUACAAAGUCUUGUCGUGGUUCCGAACUCUGCGCGACCACUGGGUCUCCGGAUCUCAAGGAGGCUCGGCCCAGCAGCCGCUGACCGAAAGCUUCUACGACAUCCUGAUGAAGCUUAGCCGCUCGCAACCUCCAGGUUCCGAACUGGCCGUGAUCCUUCUGGAGCUUUUGCAAACGCUGCUGGAAAGUCGACUGAUCUUCACCGUCCGACUGGAGGCCACUAGAACAUUCAACAGCAUCCUGGAUUCCCUCGGCAGAGAUGAGAGGAAGCGCGUCCGAUCGGACGAGGCUCUUCAGGAGACCAUGUCAGAGGUGGCGGCCGCCAUUCACACGGUCGGAGACUACGAGCUGCAGGCGAGCUUAUUGGAGGCCCUGUGUCGUCUGACUCCCAGGAAGGAGCGAAUGGCGCGAGCCGCCGCCUGGUUCCCCCGCGGCGACUUGGCGGAAGCCUUCUGUCUGAUCGAAACCUGCAGCUUUGAGGUGGAUUGUCGGCGUUUCCUGAACUUCCUCAACCGCGGGCGCGAGGACCGGGAAAGGGUUUGGACCUUCCCGUGUGCCCGAGCCUUCUUGGAGAACAUUGAGCUCUUCCGCCCUAAAGAUGACAAACUAGACGAGUUCUGGGUGGACUUCAACUUGGGCUCGCAAUCCGUCACCUUUUUCGUCAACACCCCCGAGGGCUUCUUGUGGCAUUCCGUGCACCUUCUCAAGGAAGAGGUCGACCGGUACCGGCUGGAGCUCCGGCAGGACGAAGGAAACGGAUCUCGGGCGGUCCUCGGCGUCCUGUUGAAGGUUCCCGUCGUGCACCUGGACAGGAAAGGGCACAGAGUCGAGCUGCUCUUCCGCCCCGAACUGCUCGAAGAGCUGCGGACGGCGGCCGUCGGGGUCUUUGAGAAAGAGGCGGCCGACAAAGACCCGGGCGGGGAAGUCCCUCCCUCCGCGACCGGACCGCUUUGUGGUCACUACAGGAAGAAGCCGCGCGCUAAACUGAGAGUUCUUCCCCUGUCGCCGCCGAGCGGCCCCGACCACGACGACUCCAGGGUUUACAAGAUUUCGAGAAGCAGCCCAGAGAUCCUCUUCCAUCGAGUGGUUCAGUCGACACCCUUGAAAGACUCCGGCAUUCUUUUCGACGUGGAACCCGAGACCUUUCAGGUGGACAACAUUUCUCCGAUAACAAAGGAUGAUUCCAGUUUGAGCAGGAAGAGAGAUUCAGGCUCCCUGUCCUACCAAAGUGAUGAUCCAACAAAGCGAAGAGGUGGGCUUCGACCUGAGGGGGCGGAAUCGGCAGAUCCGCUUCCGAACUCUGUCGGAGACUCGCUGACGGCGGGGCCGCGUGCCGAUGAAAGGCCGCCCUCUGCGGAGGAGCGGCUCGCGACGGACGCUACUUCCGGCAUCAUGGACGCAUUUGACGACUGCAAAAGAAAGCUGGAGCAGUAUUACCAGGCCUGCCGGCAAAAGGUCCAAGCCCAGGUUCUCCUAGCGCCCCAAGAAUUUCAACAACACGUCAACUCUCUCUUCAGUGACAUCCAGCAAUACAGAUUGGCUCUGCUGAACAACUUUGAGACGUCUCUUUUGGCUCACCUGAAGUGUUUGGAGGAAACGUCCACGUAUUUGGACAGCGUGUACUCUCAAGUUACGAGUAUCUUCCAGUCCGAGAAGCGCCGCCUGUCUGAUUUUUACGAGCGGCACCGGCAGAGAUUGGGGUCCUCGGGAAGCGGCGAGGCGGAGCCCGCUUCCGGCCAAUGAAGAGUAACGCCAUUUGGACGCUUUGUUUGAUUUGAAUUUUUCCUUUGUUGUUUUGAAAAUAAAUGAAAGUAAGCAAGUG